UAACAAAUAAUAUAAUUUAGAGAAUAAUUUAUUAUUAAAAAUUGUCUUUUUUUGCUGUUACAUCAAUUACGAUGGUUGUAACGAAAGAUGUGAAAUUGCCCGAGUUCUCAGAGCUAAAUGUGGACGAGUGCAAUAUAUCAACUGCUACGUUGAUGUCUGCAGCGCCCUAUGUUGGUAAACAUUGCGAGAGUGUCAACAACGAGUUUAUGUUGUGUAGAUACGAGUUGAACGACCCUCGUGCCUGUAUCGAAAUCGGGAAAAAAGUCACCGCAUGCACAUUGCAGCUGUUCAGACAGAUCAAAGACAACUGCAAGUUAGAGUUUAAUCAGUACGCCAACUGCAUUGAUAAAAGUUCAGGUAACUACACAUACAACAACUGUCGAAAGACUCAAGCUGUUUUUGACACAUGCAUGGACCAGAAACUAUGUAUGCAACGUCCUGGAUUUGGAUACUUUUGUCGCGCAAGAAUUCAUCAAACUUCAAGGCCCGCUCCUACGCCUGAGAAAUGUCCUUGUGAACCUAGAGUUCCUGAUCCAACCCCAUCGUUGCCAGACUGCAAGCCACGGCCUCCUUCCCGUUUUGGCAAUCGCUUGUUUUGGACCACGGAAUAAUUUUAUACUUUAAAAAUCUUGUGGAAUAACGUUGGAAUAGUUACCUUAUGUUCUUUGACGCUCUGCAAUUUAAAAGUUGCUCUCAGUUAAAGUGUGAUAUAACUUUAUUUGUUUAUUUGUAAGGUCCUUAGUGUCUCAAAGUGGUGGAUGUCCUACGUCCGCUGCUGGAUAUGUUUUCCAGACUAUCAUCUUGUGCCAAUCCUACUUUAAAGUUUCAAAAGUAAAAUAAACCUACAUACCAUGAAUUUCGCUAUUUACAUCAUUAUGU